UGUUCGGUGCUCGAGAAAUUCGUCGUGUGCACGCGUGUUUUCAGGGAAGAGAACGUUCUCGAGUUGAAAGUUGGUGUUUUGAUGUUUGCAGUUCCGGCGAAGUAGAACAACGAAACAGACCACGGGGGUCGCACGCGGGGUACCGAUACGCGUGUACGGUGUGCGCGGCGAAAUAAUAUAUCGUAAAUAAUUAUUUUUUUAAAACCCCGUCUCGAUCCUGAUUGAGGUUCGUGAUCGAGGCCCUGCACGUAGCGUAGCGUGAUCAACGUGUUCGAUUAAACCACGAGGCCGGCUCGACUACCGAACUCUUAAUAAAUAUGGCGAACAGUGUAGCACCAGAUUCGUGGGAACAGCAGGCGGAUAACGGAGACAUCGGUCCGCCUCAGGAUAAAUCCAUCGAGAGCAAAUUCUCCACCCUGAACGUGAACGCUGCGGAAUUCGUGCCUUCAUUCUGCAUCAACUCCUCGCCGCAGAACAGUAACACGGCCGACAGUUCCUGCAAUGUCGCUGUCAUGAUGAAUGCUGUGACCACCUCUAUGCCACCAGAAAUACAUCAUGAUCCAGUGGGUAGCCGCGUGGAGGAACCACCUGCUGGGGGAGGGGCUCCACCUCCUAAUGUUACAGAUCAAAUGGAUAUCAGUCCUGAACAUCAACCAGCUGAUUCUUGGGAAGAAGCAGCAGUAGAUGGGGAUCCUCUCUUAACUCCCGAAAAUGAAGAAGCUGAGAUUGAAGAGGACGAAGAGAUGGUUGUUAAAGUACCUAAAAAAAAGCCUGUUAAAGUGACGGAGGAUACUAAGAGUAAAAAGGAGCACGUUAAUGUUGUUUUUAUAGGGCAUGUUGACGCGGGGAAAUCAACGAUCGGCGGUCAAAUUAUGGCGCUGACAGGGAUGGUCGAUAAGAGAACCCUAGAAAAGUACGAAAGGGAAGCGAAAGAAAGAAGUAGAGAAACGUGGUACUUGAGUUGGGCGUUGGACACGAACCAGGAGGAACGGGAGAAAGGGAAAACGGUGGAAGUUGGUAGAGCAUACUUCGAAACUGAACGAAAGCAUUUCACGAUUUUAGAUGCACCCGGUCAUAAGAGUUUUGUACCUAACAUGAUCGGUGGAGCGGCACAGGCUGAUUUAGCGGUGUUAGUUAUUUCCGCGCGAAAAGGAGAGUUCGAGACCGGUUUCGAUAGGGGCGGCCAAACGAGAGAACAUGCUAUGCUGGCCAAAACUGCUGGUGUCAAACACCUGGUUGUGCUAGUGAAUAAAAUGGAUGACCCGACCGUGGAGUGGGACGAGAAAAGAUACAAUGAGUGCAGGGAUAAAAUACUGCCAUACCUUCGUAAACUGGGGUUCAACCCCGCAAAGGACCUCACAUUCAUGCCGGUUUCGGGGCAGCUCGGGUAUGGCUUGAAAGAUCCGAUACCGGAACAUCUUUGCACGUGGUAUACUGGACCACCGUUCAUAUCCUUCAUCGACUCUCUACCUUCACUUAAUCGUAAGAAUAACGGACCUUUCAUAAUGCCAAUCGUCGACAAGUACAAGGAUAUGGGAACAGUGGUAAUGGGGAAGGUCGAAGCCGGAGAAGCAAAGAAAGGACAGUCGCUGCUCGUUAUGCCUAAUAGGACGGCAGUAACGGUGGAUCAACUUUGGUCGGACGACGAAGAAGUGACCUCUGUAGGACCAGGAGAGAAUGUGAAGAUUAAGUUGAAAGGUAUCGAGGAAGAGGACGUGAGCCCCGGAUUCGUUCUGUGCGAUAGCAACAACCCGAUCAAAACGGGGAAAGUGUUUGACGCUCAAGUUGUUAUUUUGGAGCAUAAGAGCAUUAUCUGUGCUGGGUAUAGUGCAGUAAUGCAUAUUCACUGCGCUGCGGAAGAGGUCAGAGUGAAAGCGCUGAUUUGUCUGGUCGACAAGAAGACGGGGGACAAGAGUAAAACCAGGCCGAGGUUCGUCAAACAGGAUCAAGUGGCAAUAAUGAGAAUCGAAUGCGCUGGUGUCAUAUGCCUUGAAAGAUUUAAGCUAUUUCCACAGAUGGGACGUUUCACCCUUAGGGAUGAAAAUAAGACUAUUGCAAUUGGUAAGGUGCUGAAAGUGGUGGAAUAAAGUUGCUCAACUGUGACCGCAGAUUGGGAUAAUAAUCAAUUUUGAUAACGCAAGAGACGCAAGCCGAACACAGUACGCACGAGAAAAAAACGGAACUAGCGUGAUUUACUCGCGAACUACUGUUAAUGUAACAUACACUCAUCUUUUACACACGAGGCAAACGAAAAAAAAGUUCUACAUGAAAGAAAAGCACAUACAUCGUAUGCACAGACAGUUGGGCCGGGGUUAUGGGGUUUAUGGGGGAAGGGGGGUGGGAGGGUAUUUAUAACAUGAAAUAAAAAAAGCAAAUAGAUUUGAUUAUAUAGAUAAGGAGACAAAACCACUGAGAAUUAAUAAACUCAAGAGCGCGUGUUCCUUCUAAAUAGAUAAGCCGAACAGACAGCACUCACAUUGAGUUGAUUACAAAAAUUUAAAGAAAAGGGAAGAUCAAAUGGCGAGAUGAGUCUCCUUAAAUAUUGUAAAACACGAUAUUUUUAUUCCUCUGAGGUGCGAGACAUUAAUGAACGCGUAAAGAAGAAAAUCCGAUACCGAGAAUACCGAUUACCAGAUAAA